GGUCUUUUAAGACAUCUCAGCCGUUGGAAAUAAAAAAAAUCCGCAAUAAAGACAAAAACCCAACACACUCACACUCAAGUGGCCCCACCACAAGCCAACGGCUAGUUUUUCUCUCCUCUGCCUCUGCGUAUAAAUUCACACCCAUUCUCCAAUAACCCCACUACACCCAAUUCAUAUUUCAUUCAUUAAUUCUUUCUGUGCUUUCUCUCAUCCAUGGCUGGCGGUCUUUCAAGAGCUCUGCUCCUUCUCGUGUUCCUCCUCUUCAGCUUCUCGGAAGGCAGAGAGAUGUUGGUCGGAGGCAAGAACAACGCCUGGAAAAUCCCCUCCUCCCAAACCCAAUCUCUCAACCAUUGGGCCGAAACCUCUCGCUUCCGCGUCGGCGACACUCUCGUGUGGAAUUACGAAGAAGGGAAGGAUUCGGUGCUGAGAGUGGGGAAGGAGGAUUACGAGGUCUGCAACACCUCCAACCCACAGCAGAAAUUCGAUGACGGGAACACGAAGGUGGAGCUGGACAAGCCUGGCCCUUUCUACUUCAUCAGUGGGGCAAAAGGCCACUGCGAGCAGGGCCAGAAGCUGGUCGUCGUUGUUCUCACUCCACGCCGCAGAUUCGUCAGCAUCUCUCCGGCGCCUUCUCCGGCGGAGCUUGAGGGUCCGGCGGUUGCUCCCUCGAGCGGAGCUGCAGGUUUGAAGGCUGGGGUUCUGGCUCUGCUGCUGGGGGUUCUGGGUCUUGGAUUUGCUAAUUUCGUCUGAGGAUUGGAACUGGAAGUUUUUUUUUUUUCGAUUCAGAUUUGGAUGUGACUCCCAUUCGGAUUAUAUUAAACAUUCAUAUAAUAUAUUCAUUUAUUUUUCCAUCUUCAAACGCAA